AUGUUCAAAAAGCUUCAUCGAGUCAAAAUAUGCACACAACACCUAUCGGUACUUGUCAUACACUGUAAGACACUCUCUUUUGCAAUCACCUUGGUUUUCAUUAUUCCCGCGGAACAUUUCCUAUUUCUUAUUCCUUUCUCUGUAAAUAAAAAUGAAGGUUUGACCGGGAAGCAGAAGUCUCGUCGUAUUGUAGCACAUUCACAUAUUAAAGGACUCGGAUUGGAUGAGAGCGGAAAGGCCAUCCCUAUCGAUUCGGGUUUAGUGGGUCAGGAGAAGGCGCGUGAGGCUGCAGGUAUGGUCGUGGACAUGAUCAAUUUGAAAAAAAUGGCCGGUCGUGCUCUUCUUUUGGCAGGACCUCCCGGCACAGGUAAAACGGCUCUGGCGAUAGCAAUUUCGCACCAGCUCGGUCCUAAAGUCCCAUUUUGCCCGAUGAGCGCGUCUGAAGUGUAUUCGAGCGAGGUAAAGAAGACAGAGAUCCUAAUGGAGAACUUCCGCCGUGCGAUCGGUCUUCGCAUCCGCGAGACGAAGGAGGUCUACGAGGGCGAAGUGACUCUGCUGACUCCGGAAGAAGCGGAAGACCCGCUCGGAGGCUAUGGCAAGACGAUCAGCCACGUGGUGAUCGGCCUGAAAGCGUCGAAGGGGAGCAAGCAGCUGCGCCUGGACGCGAGUCUGUUCGAGAACAUCGAGAAGGAGAAGGUGCAGGUGGGCGACGUGAUCUACAUCGAAGCCAACAGCGGCGUGAUCAAGCGCGUGGGCCGCUCCGACGCGUACGCGAGCGAGUACGACCUGGAGGCGGACGAGUACGUGCCUCUUCCGAAAGGAGAAGUGUUCAAGAAGAAGGAAGUGGUGCAGAACGUGACGCUGCACGAUCUGGACAUGGCGAACGCGCAGCCGCAGGGCAGCCACGAUCUCGCGGGGCUGAUGAACCAGCUUGUGCGGCAGCGCAAGACGGAGAUCACGGAGAAGCUGCGCGAGGAGGUGAACCGGAUGGUGAACAAGUACAUCGAGGACGGCGUGGCGGAGCUGGUGCCCGGCGUUCUGUUCAUCGACGAGGUGCACAUGCUGGACAUCGAGUGCUUCACCUACCUCAACCGCGCGCUGGAGGCCGCCUUCGCGCCCGUCGUGAUCUUCGCCACCAACUGCGGAAUCUCCACGGUGAAAGGGACGGACAUCGUGUCUCCGCACGGAAUCCCGCGGGACUUGCUGGACCGGUCGCUGAUCAUUCGGACGGUGAACUACAGCGUGAAGGAAAUGAUCACGAUCCUGUCGAUCCGCGCGGUCACGGAGGGAAUCGAGCUGCAGGACGAGGCGCUGGCCGAGCUGGGAAUCAUCGCGGCGCGGACGUCGCUGCGCUACGCGACGCAGCUGCUGACCCCCGCGAAGAUUAUAGCGGAGAGCAACGAGAGAAAGGUGAUUCAAUAUCCUUGAGGUGAUGGAAUGGGAAUGGAAUGAAUGGGUGAGUGAAUGGGUGAAAGGGUUUGAUCGGGUUUUGAUCGGGUGAUUUGUUGAGUGAUUUGUUGAUUCAUUGAAUUGUGAAUUCAUUCAUUCAUUCACUCAUUCAUUCAUUUAUCGACUUUUGGGGGACUUAACGUGCACGCUGAGCGAUGUGAAGGAGGCGGAUGAUCUGUUCCUGGAUUCGAAGCGAUCGGCGAAGCGGCUGACGGAGAACAAAGAAAAAUAUCUUCAGU